AUGUCAAAAUCUUUUGCCCGUUCGAUUAAAAAUGUUGUCAAUGGAUAUUCCUCGGCUCAGGUGAGGGUGAGAAAUGCUACAUCAAAUGAACCACAUGGACCUAGCGCUGGUGAGAUGGAGGACUUAGCCGAUCUCACAUAUCAAAAUACCGAAUUUCUUGAGAUUAUGGAUAUGUUAGACAAGAGGUUGAACGAUAAGGGAAAAAAUUAUAGACAUGUCACCAAGGCACUUACUGUACUUGACUAUCUAGUUAGAAGCGGUUCAGAGAAUGUUGUGCGUUGGUCUAGAGACAAUCUCUAUAUCAUCAAGACUUUGAGGGAAUUCCAGUAUGUUGACGAUAACGGCCAAGACCAAGGUAAUCUCAUCAGAGUCAAGGCCAAGGAACUCACCUCAUUGUUGAGGGAUGAUGAGAGAUUGAAAGCAGAACGUGAAUUACGUGCAAACCGCAGGGAUGCAAGAUCUCGUAGGAGAAGAAGCCGUGAGCGUGACAGAGAUGACUAUGAUGAUGAUGAGGACGAUGAAGAGGCUGCAUUGAGAAGGGCUUUAGAAGAGAGCAAAAGAACCGCUGAAGAAGAUGAGAGAAGAAGAAGAGGUGUUGUUAAUGAAGAAGAUGGAGGAUUAGAGGUUGCUUUGCAGCUCAGUCGUGAAGAGGAAGAGGCUAGAAGACAAAGAGAGGCACAAUCUCAAAACUUGCUUGACUUCUCGGACAACCAACAAGCAGUCCAAUAUGACGUUUGGGGCAAUCCAAUUUAUGGUAAUCAAAGCGAUCUCUACCUUCAACAACAACAACAACAGGCUCUUUUGCAACAACAGCAACAACAAGCAUAUCUUCAACAGCAAGCUUAUUUGCAACAACAAGCACAGCAGCAAGCUUACUUAGAGCAACAACAGUACCUCCAGCAACAGCAAUACCUUCAACAACAACAGCAAUUGCUAGCUGCUCAACAACAGGCACAAUAUGCACAACAGCAGCAACAAGAGCCUCUGAAGACAGGCUCCAACAAUCCGUUUGCCUUAGGCUCUCAAAAGACAGCUUCUCAACCAGCAGGACAGGAUGUCUUUGGACUGACACAAGCUCAACAACAACAGCAACAACAGCAGCAGCAGCCACAAUUAACUAAGGUCCCAACUGGGUCCCAACAAAAGAACGAACAGUUUUCCGAAUUGAACACAUUAUUAGCUCAGGGUACUGGUAUCGAUACUUUUGGUAAUGAGGGAAAUUUGCGUAUACCUGCGCAGCAUACACAAACCACUCAGUUUUUGAACUCCAGUGGAACUGGUAUCCGCCAACAACAGACUGGAAAUCCAUUCUUGCAACAACAAUAUACAGGUGUUGCUAGCACUGGAAUUGUGCCUUCAUACACUGGUUAUGGCUUUGGUAACCAGAACCAACAACCACAGCAACAACAGCAACAACAAUCAAGUUACAGAACUCAAGGUAACGAGCAGAGUCUGAUUGAUAUCUAA